GGAACGACGGUGAUUUAUCGUCAAUCUCAGUUGACUGCGGGAAUUUGAACGAACCGGACGGAACAAACGGGAUCAAGCGGUGAACCGGGAAGUUUGUAAUGGUGAAUAGUGAAUAGUGUAAUUAGUACUGCUAUGAUCUACCUUGUUUCAAUCGGAAAAGUGGAUUACGCCUAAUAGGCGCAUUGACUGUCCGGAUAAAUUGUGGAUUACGAAGGAUACCAAAAGCAAGGAUGCAUACCCUAGCGCAGAAUGUUAGCCAAAUUCAGUCCAAUCUCUCCAGACUAGAAAGCACAACCACAGCAUCCUUAGCCCUAGACUCAUCACCGACCUCGUCAAAGUCCUCCCCAACGAUGGUAGUGCUCGCUGUCGGAGGGGGUGACAUUCGAACAAACGGCAGUUCCCUACUAGUCAACAACAACAACAACAACAACAAUAACAGCAGCAGCGAUGAAGCUCACGCAAAUGAUUUUCUCUCCACCUCCCUAUCUUCACCGGCAUCGGCUGCUUAUCUUCUGCAGCAUCACCACACCCACCAUCUGCAUCCUCACAGUCAGCACCAGCAUCAGCAGCAGCAGCAGCAGACUCAGCAUCAGCAAGACCAUGUUCACAGCCAUAAUCUCAGCAGUAGUGACCCUCACCAAUUACAGCAGCAGCAACAGCAGCAACUGCAACAUUCCCACCACCACGGGAAUAGUGUCACAGCCCAUAGUAGCACCACUAGCACCGGUAGUAGCAGUAGUAGUAGCAAACGAACCAUAGCAUCUCCACCUCCCACCGGACCCGGAUCAACCGCAGCGCCAGUUACGCCGUUGUCACAUGUGAACCCAUUCCAUCACAACAAUGAUUACUAUUCCGAAUACCGUUUGGGUACCGAAUAUCGGCAUCACCACCACCACCACCAUCACGCUCAUCCCCGUGACCUUUGGACGGCGGCUGCCGCAGCUAUCACACACGACGGGAUACUGGACGAGAACUGUGAUAGCUACGGCUUAAGGCAUACCGGUAAAACCCUUCGGAACGAACGCCCGGCAUUCUUCGAUUUUGCGGCAACCCCGGCAACACACCCGGCAGCAGCAGCCGCCGCCUACUGCUAUCGACUGUCAACGCCACCCCAGCUGGUGAAACGUGAACCCGGUGAUGUAACAGCCUGGCACACCUACUCGGAACGAAUGUUCAACGAUCCGCUGUACACCUCGUUGAAACUCCAGAGCCAACAACAAUCGGCAACCUCAUCACCACAGCUCACCCAGCACUCAAUAUUCCCGGAUUCCACGUCACACUUAUCCUCGGCCCUAGAUCAUACGCACAGUAUCAGUGCUCAUCAGACGGACACCACGGACUCAUUCCUACAUCAUCAAGGAUAUGCAUCCUACCGUCAACCGUCGGACGUCGUGACCUCAUCGGAGCCCGACUACUGCAAUACCGGAUCGGGAAAUGGCUCGGCCUUGACUAAUAUUUCCACCACGAAUCCCUCGCCACUUAACUCUCUUCCAGUUCCGAACGGACCCCUUCAUCAACGUCGCGGAUCUCUUCAACUGUGGCAAUUUUUGGUGGCUCUUCUGGACGAACCGGCUUCCAGUGCUGGAUGUAUAGCUUGGACAGGUCGAGGAAUGGAAUUCAAACUAGUAGAACCGGAAGAAGUUGCCCGUCGCUGGGGAAUCCAGAAAAAUCGACCUGCCAUGAAUUACGACAAACUGUCCCGAAGUCUGCGAUAUUACUACGAAAAGGGAAUCAUGCAGAAGGUGGCUGGCGAACGAUACGUUUACAAAUUCGUGUGCGAUCCAGAAGCCCUGUUCAACAUGGCUUACGGUGGCACGGUCGCUCCAACAACCUCGACGAUCGGGAACAGUUGUAAUUCGGCAUUGGAUGGCCAUUUGCAUUCGUCGCACCACCACCACCCCCACCAUCAUCAUCAUCAUCAACAACAAAAUCUGCACCCGAGCAGUUCCUCACCACCAAACUGUCACGGUGGACAAUCGUCCGUGACUGAUGGUGUUUCCGAAGCGGUGGAACGAGGUUCCUACUUUAGCACUGGCUCAUCCACGUACAAUCAUGGAAACUAAGCUUAACUCAGUCAGUAAACUAAGUCUAGUCAACUCACGUAGGAGAACAUUUUAAAUUUUCUCUGUUAGUCAAACGAUCGCCGAACACACGCCGGACGAAUGCAGAAAUUA